AUGAAAGAGUUCUACCUACAGAGGACCUCCGCAGUGAGACCAAUCUUCAGACGGCUGCCCUUGGCUAAAGCAGAACCAAAUCCAGUGAGAGCCUCUGGGUGUUCCCCCUCAUUUUGGGUGGUACCCUCGUUCUGCACACCAGGGCACUGGAGAAAUAUGGAAGGGGCAAAUCUGAGCCAAGAGAUUGAGUUUGAGCUCUUGGGCCUCACCAGUGACCCCCAGCUCCAGAAGCUGCUCUUCACCAUGUUCCUGGGCAUGUACACCAUCACUGUGCUGGGGAACCUAAUCAUGUUCCUUCUGAUCCGCAUGAGUGCCACUCUGCACACACGCAUGUACUCCCUCCUGAAGAACCUCUCCUUGGACUGCUGCUACUCCUCCACAGUUGUCCCGCAGACCCUGGUGAACUUCUUGGCCAAGAAGAAAGUGAUCUCCUAUUUUGGCUGCAUGGCCCAGUUAUUCUUCUAUGCAGGUUUCACCACCAGUGAAUAUCUCAUUGCCGCCAUGGCCUUUGACUGCUCUGCCACCAUUUGUAACCCCCUGCUCUUCCCACUCACUGUGUCUCCUGAGAUCUGUGUCUCUUUGAUUGUGGGCUCCUAUGGUGCAGGAUUUCUCAAUUCCCUUAUCCACACAAGCUGUAUCCUUAGUCUGAAAUUCUGUGGUGCUCAUGUGGUCACUCACUUUUUCUGUGAUGGACCACCUAUCUUGUCUCUCUCUUGUGUGGACACCUCGAUGUGUGAGAUCCUGCUCUUCAUUUUUGCUGGUUUCAACCUUUUGAGCUGCACCCUUACCAUCUUGGUCUCCUACCUCUUAAUCCUCAUUUCCUUCCUGAGAAUGAACUCAGUCCAGUGCAGGUUCAAGGCCUUUUCCACCUGUGCUUCCCACCUCACUGCUGUCUGCCUCUUCUAUGGCACAACACUUUUUAUAUACCUGUGCCCCAGGUCCAGCUACUCAUUGACCCAAGACCGCACAGUUGCUGUGAUCUACACAGUGGUAAUCCCAAUGCUGAACCCCCUUAUGUACUCCUUGAGAAACAAGGAUGCGAAGGAUGAUUUAAGAAAGGUUUAGGGCAGGAAAAUAAUGGAAUGA